AUGCCGCAAAAAGCGUACGUGGUACGUUGGUGGUUAUUGUACCUACCCAGUGUUGGUAAGCUUGGAAGUUAUACGUUUGGGGGGCAAGACGACCAGCCAAAACAUAGAAAAAGCCAAGUAUGGGAGUUUUUCACCCGAUGUAAUAAUCAAAACUGUAAGUGUAAUUUAUGCGGAAGAAUUUACAAAACUGGUGGUGGGACCACAAACCUAAAUAAUCACCUUAUUCGAAAACACCCAAAAGUCAAUGCUAUUAAUUUCAAAAAACAUGUCGCAGAUGAAGCCAGAGUGAACAAGAAACCAAGGAUCGACUUUGAUUUGACAAACUCAACGCCUUCAACGUCUCAUAGCAAUGCAGAAGGAGGAGAUGCAGCGAAGGAGAUUGAAAAUGAAGCCCUAGACUCUCAGCAUGAGGACAGUGAUGACAGUUUUGAAGAGAAUUUAAUAGAAGUUCAUAGUAUCGGGAGUGCCAGUACCAUUACUGCAAGCAGUACAAGCAACAUAAACUAUAAUGGUAGUAACAGCUCGCAUCUCUCUCAACCUAGUAUUCACCAGAUUUUUAAUGCACAAAGAUGUUAUGAAUCUGGAGGGUCAAAAGAAGCAAUGUUAACCCAAGCUUUAAUCUUCAUGAUAUGCAAAGACAAUUAUCCAUUGCAAUGUACUGAAAAAGAAGGUCUCAAAAGGCUUUUAAAAGUAGCAGUGCCGUUAUAUCAUGUUCCAAGUAGGAGUACAGUAAGUCCAUUGGCUCUAACAAUUUAA